ACCAAUUAAGCAUCGAACCAUCUAACCAUCGAAGAAAAUGUGUUGCAACCUUUUAGCUCACGACUGCAUGUAUGUCAUACAUACACAGCAAUAUAAGGAACUUUUGUGUCUGGCACACUUAUUGAGUGUUCUUUAACUCAUCAUUAUAUAACAUAAUCAACGAAUACAUCAGAUGCGCAAACUGCGCAAAUGUAUGGAGAUUUCCAUUAUACAAUAGAAUUGCCCUACUUUAAAAUGGAUAUGGCUGGAUAUGGCUGCGCCGUGUAUGGAACAUAAAAGACGUGACGAAAAAGUCACGUAUCGUAUUGUAACGUAACCGUUCGGCAUUUCGCUAUGACCUCAAAUUAUUACUUCGCGAUAGUCGGCCACGCCGACAAUCCGUUGUUCGAGAUAGAGUUCAAUAAUGCCGGAAAAGAUGCGAAGAAGGAGGAUCACUCGCAUUUAAAUCAAUUCAUCGCCCAUGCGGCGCUCGACCUCGUCGACGAGCACACGUGGAAGACGACGAAUAUGCAUUUAAAAGUCGUGGAUAAAUUCAACCAGUGGUUCGUCAGUGCGUUUGUAACGGCAACUCACAUACGAUUCGUCAUGGUGCACGACAGUAAAAACGAGGACGGGAUCAAGAACUUUUUUAACGAAAUGUAUGAGACCUACAUAAAGUACUCGAUGAAUCCAUUUUACAAACUGAAUACUCCUAUCAAGUCCUUGGGAUUUGAGAAAAAGGCACAAUUAUAUGGCAGAAAAUAUUUAUCUUCGUGAAUAUGAGGAUUGUACAAGUAAGAGUGUUUAUAAUAUAUUUGCUUUUCUUCUCUUCAUUUAAGAUUUGUAUGUGACAUGUGCUAUUGAUAUUUAAUAAAUAAAUAUUGUAAAUAUCUUUC